CCAUCUGCCUCUUGCCCGGAGCCCCAGCCUGAAGUGAGCUCCUCCUGGGACUUUGAUACAGACAUUGCAUUCAACCCUAGGAGUCACUGCUUGGGCAUCCAAUAGAUGAAGCACUCGGACAGGUUAAGAGGACCAAGGAAUGUAAAUCAGCCCCUGGAAACUAGGCUGCCCUGAGAUGAGGUUGCUGGUUUAAAACAAACACAAGGCUUCCUAUAUAAGGACCAGCCAGCCACCAGGUGUCACCUCCGCCAGGAAUCCCAGGUAGGCACCCUCUCUCACUCUGUGGGUUUGCUUAUGGGUUUAACUUACUGGCCAUUCACAGGCCCAUCUGAACCAAGGGGAGGUUGCACAAGCUGGGGCAGCCUGGUUGCUCAGACAUAACUGGGCUUAGGUCUCCUGGGGAUCUUGCUGGGUCAGCUUCAUCACCUGUUAAGAAGCUUGGCGAGGUCUUUGGGGGCUGAGGCAAACACAUGGGGAAUCCACUGCCAAGGGGUCUGCCCUGAACAGUCUGGGAAGAGAACACAGACAUCCUCCAAUUCAUUCUGCCUUAAGCAGCGGGGAGAGCUGCCAUCCCAGGUCAAAGCCCUGUGUGCUAGGCUCCUACCUGCAUUCCGAGGCGCUGGGAGGGCAGUGGACGCGAAGGGAGAGGAGGGGGAGCGUGUUAACUGGAGACUCUCUUCUCCAGGCCCAUCUGUCCCAAGCCAGCUGAGGCCAUGCCUUCCCCGGGGACCAUCUGCAGCCUGCUGCUCCUCAGUGUGCUCUGGGUGGACUUGGCCAUGGCAGGCUCCAGCUUCCUGAGCCCCGAACACCAGAAAGCGCAGCAGAGAAAGGAGUCCAAGAAGCCACCAGCCAAACUGCAGCCCCGAGAGCGAGAGCUCGAAGGCUGGCUCCGCCCAGAAGACGGAAAUCGGGAGGAAGGGGCAGAGGAUGAGCUGGAAAUUCGGUUCAACGCCCCCUUUGAUGUUGGAAUCAAGCUGUCAGGGGCUCAGUCCCACUGGCAUGGCCAGGCCCUGGGGAAGUUUCUUCAGGACAUGUUUUGGGAAGAAGCCAAUGGUAAGUCCCUGCCCGGGUCAGGUCAAUUCAGAGUUUUCUCGGAGUCCCAAAUGUGAGCCCACAUUAUGGGUGACACAAGAAAAGUUCUCUUCCCUGACCCCUGCCUCUCAAAGAGCUUCCAAUUCCUCGUUCCCAAAUAGCGGCAGGAGUGGGCGGGGCUGGUAUUUGAGUGGCUCGGAGGGUGUUUUUGUAUUCAAAGAGGGUACUAAGUUCUGAGAACUAGCUUUGGAGCCCCAGUGAACCCCAAUUUCCGCAACCAUAAAAUGGAGCUAACACCCCUAAUAAAGUAUAAAAUUAUUUGAUGUUACAACACCUUUACUGUAUAAUUUUACUUCACAAACAACAGGAAUUAGUGCUACAAUUGCAUUCAGAAGAAUGGGCUCCACAGCCAGUUAAGCAAAGUUUUUUCUGUUUUUAUUUGAAUCCCCUCUUACCUUGUAAAGAAACCACUCAACUUUCCCCUGAUCAAGGCCACUGGAAGCACCUUACAACCUGCAAAGCACUUCUGUCACCAACAUGGCAUCACCUAACCCACCCACCACUCGAGGCAGACAGAGACUCGCACUCACCCUUCCAUGCAGAUAAGGAGACCAAGACUCCGAGCUUUUAGUGACUUGCCCAAGUCACAGCCCAAGGCUUCCCCCAUU